AGCAUCCGCGUGUUCCCAUCGUCGGAGAGCUCAGCACAGAGGUCUCGCCAACAGACUUCUGCCCCGCCGUCUGACCUCCCUCCUCCUGUUUGUUCUGGCUGCAAUCUUCUUCCUGCUCGCCAAUCUCCGAACUCUGGAUUCUGGAGAAAUGAUGGAAGAGGAUCCCGAGCUCAACAGGACGCUGAUCUGUCCCCCUGCCCAGCCCGCUCCAUCUCUGCCAGACUUGUCCAGGAUUUGGAAACCAGUGCCAGCUCUUGCAGAGUUUCUGGCCACACCAAUCGUAAACCCGCACCAGUUCAAGUAUGUUCACAACCGUCAAGGGAUUUGUCAGGAGAGACAAACAAACAUUCUGUUUGCCAUUCCUUCAGCUCCUGGGAAUUUCCGGAGACGAGACAAGGUGAGGCUUUCGCCUUUGGGCGAGUUCGUGAGAAACAAUUCAAACAUGGCGACCAUGCUGUUCUUUCUGGGUUUGCCGAGGUUUGUCGGCGUGAAAACACAGGAGGUUCAGAAAACUAUCGACACGGAAAGUAAGAAACACAACGAUGUCAUCCAGGAAGACUUCACUGAUGUGUAUAAAAACAUCCGUCUAAAAGCAGUGUUUAUGCUCAAGUGGGUAAGCACGUAUUGCUUCAACGUCACCUACGUCAUCAGGGUAGAUGAUGACGUGCGCAUCAAUGUCCAAGGAGUUGUUGAGGCCGUUUUCCGGGUUGGAAGAAACCACAAGAACUUCGUGCUCGGAAAUGUGACCAAAUUUUGGAAGGUGAACAGAGACCCCCUGUCCAAGUACUAUGUGUCGCUGGAGGAAUACCCGGGCCCGACAUAUCCACCCUUGGCACAGGGCGGCAUGUUGGCCUACCCACUGCGCACUGUGAGGCUGCUGUACGAGGCCUCCCUGAGGGUGAGAGCCGUGUGGCUCGAUGACGUCUACCUCACGGCUUUGUGUGCUCCAAAAGUAAACGCUACACUGUUAGGGGAUCUCCAGUUUACCUUUGUUCACCCCAAGGACGAGCCGAGCUGAGUGUCUGUAAAAAUAAGUUAUAUUUGGGACAUUCCUGUAAAACCUUGUUAUAUUGGGACACUCCUGUAAAACUAUGUUAUAUUUGGGACACUACUGUAAAACUUUGUUAUAUUUGGGACACUCCUGUAAAACUAUGUUAUAUUUGGGACACUCCUGUAAAACUUUGUUAUAUUUGGGACACUCCUGUAAAACUAUGUUAUAUUUGGGACACUCCUGUAAAACUAUGUUAUAUUGGGACACUCCUGUAAAACUAUGUUAUAUUUGGGACACUACUGUAAAACUUUGUUAUAUUUGGGACACUCCUGUAAAACUAUGUUAUAUUUGGGGUACUUCUGUAAAACUAUGUUGUUAUAUUUGGGGUUCACCUGUAAAACUAUGAUAUAUUUUGGGCACUCUUGAAAAGCUGUUAUACAGUCAAACCUCGUUGUACCGCCAACAUCGUUGUACUGCCAGCCCCGCUUACCGAGAAGUUUGCCAAUGUACGUGUACUGAAGUGUACUAAACUACAUUACAAGUACAUGUACAUGUAUAGUACUGAAGAGUUCUAGACGACAUUACAUGUAUAGCACUCCUCAAGCCUCAAGUGUUCUAGACUACAUUACUUAUACAUGUAUAGUACACUCAAGUGUUCUAGACUACAUCACUUGUACAUGUAUAGUACACUCAAGUGUUCUAGACUACAUUACUUGUACAUGUAUAGUACACUCAAGUGUUCUAGACUACAUUAAAUCUGUCCCCGCGGUUUUAUGCAUCCCGCAAAAUUUGAUCAUUU